UUCUCAUAUUCUCUACCUUUUCUUUUUCCCUUUCUCUUUGUAAAACAAUGGCUUCACAAGCCGCUCUUCUCCUCCAAAAACAACUCAAAGACCUAAACCGGCAUCCGGUUGACGGUUUCUCCGCCGGUUUAGUCGACGAAAACAACGUUUUCGAGUGGAGCAUUACCAUUAUUGGUCCACCCGAAACCCUAUUUGACGGCGGUUUUUUUAACGCUACCAUGAUUUUUCCUCCGGAUUAUCCAAAUAACCCACCGGAAGUUAAAUUCACGACUGAAAUCUGGCAUCCUAACGUGUAUUCUGACGGUCGGGUUUGUAUAUCGAUUCUACACCCGCCCGGUGAUGAUCCGAAUUUUUAUGAACUUGCUAGUGAACGUUGGACGCCGGUUCAUACGGUUGAGAGUAUUAUGUUGAGUAUUAUAUCGAUGCUUUCGAGUCCGAACGAUGAAUCUCCGGCGAAUGUUGAUGCUGCUAAGGAAUGGAGAGAUAAUCGGGAUGAGUUUGUGAAGAAAGUUAAACGUUGUGUCAGGAGAUCACAAGAGAUGUUGUGAGAAAACUUGGUUUGCAAGGAAAAGGAAAAUAGAAGGAAAAAAAGAAGAGAAAUACUUCUUUAAAUUUUUUUAUUUUUUUUUUGGCUUUUUUUUUAUAUUAUUUUUUGAUUUUGUUUUAGAAGUAGUAUAUUUUUGGUAAUAAGAAUAUUUUAGAGAGGAAAAUUAAAACUUCUGAGGUCAUGAAUUUAUUUGGAGAAAGGUUUGAUCCUCCUUUUUUUUCCUAA